CUCGCCGGCGCCGGAAGUGAGCCGUGCGGCGCCGGAAACAGCCCGCAGAAGAGGCCUCGAGGAAGAGACGGUGGCAUGGGGCAGUCGGGGCGGUCCCGGCACCAGAAGCGGGCGCGCGCCCAGGCGCACCUCCGCAACCUCGAGGCCUAUGCCGCACAGCCGCACUCUUUCGUGUUCUCUCGGGGCCGUGCGGGUCGCAGCGUCCGACAGCUCAGCCUGGACUUGCGGCGGGUCAUGGAGCCGCUCACCGCCACCCGCCUGCAGAUUCGAAAGAAAAACUCUCUGAAAGAUUGUGUGGCAGUGGCUGGGCCCCUUGGGGUCACACACUUCCUGAUCUUGAGCAAAACGGAGACCAGUGUCUACUUUAAGCUGAUACGCCUCCCGGGAGGCCCUACCUUAACCUUCCGGAUCAACAAGUUAUCCACUCGUCACCCUGUCCUGCAGUACACCUUGGUGCGUGAUGUGGUUUCUUCGCUGCGACGUCACCGCAUGCACGAGCAGCAGUUUGCCCACCCUCCUCUCCUGGUGCUCAACAGCUUUGGCCCCCACGGCAUGCACGUGAAGCUCAUGGCCACCAUGUUCCAGAACCUGUUCCCCUCCAUCAACGUGCACAAGGUGAACCUGAACACCAUCAAGCGCUGCCUUCUCAUCAACUACAACCCUGACUCCCAGGAGCUGGAUUUCCGCCAUUAUAGCAUCAGAGUUGUCCCUGUGGGUGCAAGUCGUGGGAUGAAGAAACUGCUUCAGGAGAAGUUCCCCAACAUGAGUCGCUUGCAGGACGUCAGUGAGCUGCUGGCCACGGGCGCAGGGCUGUCCGAGAGUGAAGCGGAGCCGGACGGCGAGCACAACAUCACGGUGCUGCCCCAGGCCGUGGCAGGGCGCGGCAACAUGCCAGCCCAGCAGAGCGCAGUGCGGCUCACCGAGAUCGGGCCUCGGAUGACACUGCAGCUCAUCAAGAUCCAGGAGGGUGUAGGAGAAGGGAACGUGCUGUUCCACAGUUUUGUGCACAAAACAGAGGAGGAACUGCAGGCCACCCUGGCAGCCAAGGAGGAGAAGCUGCGGCUCAAGGCCCAGAGGCAGGACCAGCAGGCCCAGAACGUUCAGCGCAAGCGAGAGCAGCGAGAGGCCCACAGGAAGAAGAGCCUGGUGGGCAUGAAGCGGGCACAGGCAGAGGCUGAUGGGGACAGCGAUGCAGAGGACCCCGGGGCCCCUGCAGAGGCAGAGGGGGUCAGCCAGCAAGAGGAAGAGGAGGAUGAGGCCGAGUAUUUCCGCCAGGCUGUGGGCGAGGAGCCUGAUGAGGGUGUGUGGCAGGCAGGGACAUGUUCCCAAAGGCAGCCAAGUGGAGGCGGCCUGCCGGGCCCCCAGGCAAGAAGCGACGGGUAAAGGAACGGAAGCCUGACCGAGGCAGUGACCGGAGGCCUCCAAAGGCCAAGGGCAGACACCCGGGGGCCCAGGCCAAGGUGGGACCCAGAGGGGCUGCCCGGGACCACAGGCGAGGCCGACCGUGGCCACCUAAGAGAGUAGCCUGAGGCCAAGCCUGGGUGGCAGGUGGAAUGCCCCAGAUUGGGGCCUGAGACAUGCUGCCCUGGGCUCCCCAUCUCCUGGGCCUCCAGGUGCAGCCCUCGGUUUCCUUUCAUAAAGGAGAACUGUUUUCCUAACCUCCCCCUCUAAUAAACUGAUUUCUCAUGA